UUAUAUGUACCAAAUUUAUUGUUGUGCUGCUAUUGAGAACUGGCCAACCUACCAAAGAGAAUACUACUGUCCACUUCAUACAGACGCCCCUCUGACCCACUAAACACCAAUUUCCCAGACCUACCACGUUGACUGUACCUUUUAGCUUCAUGCUGAACAUCAUCCCGCCCAUAUAAUAAAAGUCGACAGACUACGCACCGCGUCAACAGCGAUUGGGUAGCAGGGGCAAGUGUCAGCCUUGCGAGCCUCGUCAGCCGUAUAUAGCCCGCAUACUUACCUUUUACCUGGUAUAUCAAUCCCGAACACACCCAACUCGCGAUCAAAAAGCUACACUACAACCAAGAACCCCACAAUACCCCCAAAGCCCUUCGAAAAAUGGCCACCUUCCUCCCCCCAACCGCACCCCCCAACGCAACCGCCCACCGCAUCGACUUCACGCAAACCACGCCACCCCUCCCACACUACCGCCACCUCUUCGCCGCAACCAUCGACAACCUCCUCACCGAAUCCGAAUGCUCCGAACUCCUCCGCCUCGCCGAAGCCAGCACCCUCACCCGGGGGACGUCCCCCACCCCCCAAUGGGAGCGCGCCAUGCUCAACGUCGGCGCCGGCGAACAGAUCCUCCGCCCGGACACGCGCAACUGCGGCCGCAUCAUCCUCGACGCGCCGGAGCUGGCGCGGAAGCUGUGCGACCGGCUGCUCCCCUUCCUGCGGGAUGAGUUUGCCAUCGACACGCUGGGGAAAGACGCCUGGCGCGUGACGCUGCAGACGCGCCGGCGCUACCGGCUCACGCGGCUCAACGAGCGGCUGCGCUUCCUGCGGUACGAGGGCGGCGAGUUCUUCCGGCCGCACUGGGAUGCGUGGUAUACCACGCCGGAUCGGCGGGAGCGGUCUUUCUUCACGGUGCAUGUGUAUUUGAAUGGGGAGGGGAGUGGGGAUGUUGAUGGGGAGGGGGGCUUGGUGGGCGGGGCGACGUCGUUUGUGAGGCGGUUGGAGGUCGAGAGGGAGGAGGAUGAGGUGGUUAAGGUGCUUCCGAGGGUUGGGUCGGUGUUGGUGUUUCAGCAGAAUGAUCUGUUGCAUGCGGGGGAGCCGGUGGUGCGCGGGGUUAAAUAUACGUUGAGGACGGAUGUGAUGUAUGAGGAGAUUGUGGAGGAUGAGGAUUGAGGGGGGGAGGUGUCGGUGGAUUGAGGAUGGUGGGCUUGUAUGGUAACCAGUGAGGUCAUGUUGGCCACGUGGUUUAUGGUUAUAUGGGUGAUGGAUAGCUGUU